AUGGCCACACGUCCUGAUGAAUUUGAUACUGUGCUUGAAUUUUCAUCCCGUAAAUAUCGUGAAGUAGUUAAUCAAAAGAAUCGCUUACAAGAUAUUAAACCAGGGGAGAAAUUAUCUGAAAUUUUUAAAAAACCUGAAGAUCUUGAUAAUGCA